AUGGUCGGUGGACUGAUUGUUGGAGAAAUAAAAGGAGUUCCUAGCGCCAAUGUGCACAAAAUCAAAUUAUUGACCAAUAUUAAGAAUUCAGAUGAUAAAAAUGAAUUAUUAAGAUUUCCUUAUAAAGUUCAGAUUAGAGGAGAAAAUCGAUAUACCUUUUUAGCUAAUAAUG